GUUUUUUUAAAACACCCGUGUGGCAACUGGAAAGCAGAAACACUGUAAAAGUGGUAAUUUUCGUAGCGUAUUGCUGUCCGUCAUCAAUAACUCGCGUAAUUCGGGCGUGUGCUCCAUUUACGCAUUUAUUGAAAGAAACUAACCGUUUUACAUCGCCGCCGACGCACACGAGCGUUCGCGCUGUCGUUUGCCGCUCAAAGACUGUCAUGAUAUCGUCCUUUCCACCACACCCUUGGGUAUCGUGAAUCGUAGUCGUGAACUGUUGCGUGUUUAUUGCCGACGGCAGCGUUUGAGGCUGUUGUACGGGUUGGAUUACGUUAAUCUGUGUACGGUGUAGUGUUAUGUGUAUAAGUUAGCGGUUGCAUAGUUGUAUUGGAGAGCGCGGGACACAUUGAUGGGCAGAGUCGUGUGCGGCUGGCAGGCGGCAGACGAGCCGCAGCGGCGGGUGUUUGCUUCCUGGAGGGUCUACGAUAAAAUCAGCCACACUGGAACUGAUGGAAUUAGAGAAUAUCGUCGCGAACACUGUUUAUUUGAAAGCCAGAGAGGGAGGUUCCGAUAGCAAUAAGGGCAAAAGUAAGAAGUGGCGGAAGAUCCUCCAGUUUCCUCACAUAUCACAAUGUUUAGAUAUAAAAACAAAAAUAGAUGUAGGUUACGACUACGUAGUAGAUCAGCAGCCGAUAGGCAAGCUGCUGUUCAGGCAGUUCUGCGAGAGGAACAGGCCUCAGUAUCACAAGUACAAUAACUUUCUAGAUGCGUUUUGCUUGCAGACAGACAGGUAUGAGGUGGAGGUGGACGAGACGCGUGCGAUGCUCGCGGCCGAGGUGUUCGGCAGAUACCUGAAGACUGACGACUGCGAGGCUGUCACCGACGUCGUCAGCCGACAGGUCAUUGAUGAAGCCAGCGCUACUAUUGAUGCCGGCGCUAAAGACAUAUUCAUAGAAUGCGUGCGAUGCGUGAAGAGUUUCCUAGCGGGCGCUCCGUUCGCGGAGUUCGAGCGUUCCAUGUACUUCCACCGCUACCUGCAGUGGAAGUGGCUGGAGGCGCAGCCGGUCACGCAGCACACCUUCAGGAUGUACCGGGUCCUCGGCAAGGGAGGCUUCGGAGAGGUCUGCGCUUGUCAGGUCCGAGCGACAGGCAAGAUGUACGCUUGCAAGAAGUUGGAGAAGAAACGCAUAAAGAAACGCAAGGGGGAGGCCAUGGUGCUGAUUGAGAAGCAGAUCCUCCAGCGGAUCAAUUCGCGUUUCGUCGUCAACCUCGCGUACGCGUACGAAACUAAGGACGCGCUGUGUUUAGUACUCACUAUUAUGAAUGGAGGCGACCUGAAGUUCCACAUCUACAACAUGUGCGGCGCGGACACGGGGCUGGGCUUGGAGCGCGCGCGCUUCUACGCCGCGCAGGUCGCGUGCGGCCUCGAACAUCUACACAAGAUGGGCAUCGUCUACAGGGAUUGUAAGCCGGAGAACAUAUUGUUGGACGACGCGGGCCACGUGCGUAUCUCGGACCUCGGGCUGGCCGUGGACGUGCCCGAGGGGGGCAGUGUCAGGGGCCGCGUCGGGACUGUCGGGUACAUGGCACCUGAGGUGAUAGACAACGAGAGGUAUACGUUCAGCCCGGACUGGUUCUCGUUCGGGUGCCUGGUGUACGAGAUGAUCGAGGGCCGCGCCCCCUUCCGCGCGCGCAAGGAGAAGGUCAAGCGGGAGGAGCACGAGCAAGAGAAGUACUCGUCAAAAUUCAGCGAGUGCGCGCGCGCGCUGUGCACGGCGCUGCUGUGCAAGUCGUCUGUGUCGCGGCUGGGCUGCGGCGCGGGCCGCCGCGGGGCCGCGGGGGUCAAGCAACAUCGGUUCUUCGCGCACCUCAACUGGGCGCGCCUCGAGGCCGGCAUGGUCGACGCGCCCUUCGUGCCCGACCCACACGCAGUAUACGCAAAAGACGUGCUGGACAUAGAGCAGUUCAGUACCGUGAAGGGAGUCAACCUGGACGCCGCGGACGACACCUUCUACGGCAAAGAGGAGUGGAAGGAGGGGGAAGACGGCAAGGAGUGUGCUACAGUAGACCUGCAGCUAGUCCCGGCGACCACGACGCCCGAGGAGGAGAAGGGAUGCUUCCUAUUUGCCAGAAGGGUGCUAUGUCCGCAAAAGAAAGUGUCAGCGCGUCUCCGCGCGGUGCCGGUCCCGGAGCACCUGUUGCUGCCGUCGUCGCCCGCGCCGCCCGGCGUGACGCCCCCCGCGCCGCCGGGCGUGACAUGCCCGGCCCCGGCGGAGCCUCCCCCGGUGGGCGCGCCGCCGGCGGCCCUGAGCUGACCGCCCGCUGUACGCAGCCCCUAGACGACGCCGGACAUGGCGGUGCACUGCCGAACACGUGAUAACUUCACGUACAAGUAAGCACAAAUAUUACCUAAACGCUAAACCCCGAUUAGAAGAGUCUUACCACAGUUUGAGACACCUAAAGCAUGGAUUGCGUAUGAGUAACGCGACCCCGUGCUGACACCAAUGAAGAUACAAAGAUAUAGAAUUAUCAUAGAAACAAAUGAAUAACAAGAAUAGCUAAUUUAACAAAUUGACGUGACCAACAUCGUCUCGACAAAUCUUAUCGUCCACUUAAUUCAAAGACAUUAUUGUAUGCAAUAUUUUGUUCCUGACGUAAUUUUAAUUUUAAAAUGUCGUGACAAACUUAAUUAAUAUUUAAGUUGUUUUAAUAACGACUGCCUUAUGGCGUAACUAUAUAACGUAAUGUAGCGUCAAUUGUGUAGAAAUUAAUUUGACUUGGCGAUACGCUACCGUGCACCUUUUAAAGACAAAGUAAAAUACUAGCCGAAUAUGGUAAUAUUAAGCUUAGCUAGUUUUGAAAAGGCAAUGAAUUAUGUGAAAAUAAACUUUAUACUUAGGUAGAGAGAGGUGAAAAUGGGAUAACAUGUUUCAAUCAACUUCUAUGUUCUACCUUCAUGUCCUAUUGUCAAAUAAUUAUAUGUGCGAACUUAUGUUUAAAUUAAAUUGGAACCUGUAUACGUAGUAAUAUGAUGCAUUAUUCCUUGUACCUGUCGGUUAGUGUUUUAUCUUCGAAUGUUAUAUUAUGUGACGUAUAAUUUGAAUGUUGAUUUUGGAUCUAUUUUUUGUUUAUAAAAUCUUCUGUAACUUAUUUGGAAAGAUGCACGUCACAUAAAUUAUUUUUAUUAUUAAAACAGUGCAGAAUGAGGGUUUCUUUAGAUAGAAUUUUUGAAAGAAUAUAUGGCCAUGCCCAAACAUACAUAACUUUACAGCGAAUAUCAGAGCAAAUAAUACCUUAUUUUUAAUUAUGCUGAGUCUCUUAUGAUUAGGCAUAAGUGCUUAGACUUUAGCUCUUUUAAUUUCCCUUUCAUUAACAUAUAGAUACAAAAACAGCAUUCAUUAAAAUCCUGUAAUAUUAUAAUCAUACGUAAAAAACAUGUUAAAGUGACCUGUUAAAAAAAUCAUGAACAAUUUAGUUUAAGUUCAUUUUUUACGCUGGCAAUUGUAAGGUUUGCUGUGAUGAAUUUUUAUCUAUGGUUUGUAGGGAUGUGAGACAGUGUUGUCUUUGGAUUGGAUAUUAUUAAAGUGAGAAUAACUUACAAUUGCUAACGUUUUUAUUUAAGGGUAUAUUUACAAUAUUUUGACUUAGCUGUGUGUAACCAGAAAGUUAUAAUUUGUGUUUCACAACAGAAAAGAUUUUUGUCUGCUGACCAAAGGUGUUCCCUCCCAAAGAGAAAGUUUGAGCAUUAACUCUUUGAGUACCGUCAUUAUAGACACAAUUAAAGAACAAUAGUGUGCGGUCACCGGCGUCCUCGCGGUGUUUGACAGUUUGAGCACACUUUUUCAAUGCCGGCUGGCGAUUUCAAACUUAGAGAUUAUAGCCCAGGUUUCCUCACGACUGCCUCUUUGGCCGAGUGGUCGUAAGUGCGACUGCCGGGCAAGGGGUCUCGGGUUCGAUUCCCGGGUCGGGCAAAGUACUUAUUACUGGGUUUUUAAAUAUUCUCAGUAGUAGCACGGAGUCUGGAAUUGUGCCCAGUAUAUGGCAAUAAGCUCACCCCCUAUUACAUGGGACUUAUAACAUAAAUAGUAAAAAGUGGGUGUUACAUUGCACAGUGGUAUAAUGUGCACCUCUGCCUACCCUUUCGGGGAUAAAAGGCGUGAUGUUAUGUUAUGUUUCCUCACGAUGUUUUCGUUCAUCGUUUGUCAGUGGUGUUUAAGUGAUCUUGGAAAGUACUUAUAACUCGGAAAAAGCCACAUUGGAACUUGUCCUUGGUAGAUUUCGAACUUACACUCAAGUAUGAGAAGCGGCGUCUUGAGCCUUCGGGUACGACGCGUUUUGCAGUUUGAUAAAUUAAAUAUUUUACAAUGUCUAUUGUUAAUUAAUAUUAUUUGUUUCUGGCAAUACUGUUGUGAAGUCAAAAUAUUUUAAGUAUAUCUUUUAGAUAUUUGUAUUUCUCAUGGAUGACUGAUAUUAUUCUGUAACCAUUAUGCAUUUAGCUCAAUAGUUAACCUUUGGAGUAUUACACGAACAAACAAAUAUUAUUUAUUAUUACAUUAUUAAUUUAUAAUCAUUAUGUAUCAUCGUAUUAUUCUCAGUAAUCCGUCAUUAUUGAUAUUAUCAAUUUGUUUUAUUUAUAAAUAUAUAUUUCAUAGAGUUGUUUAUUAUUUAUGUUUGUGAAAUUUUAGACUAGUGUUGGGUCGCAAUUGUUUAAACUAAUUUUAUCGAUAUUGAUUUUGAAAAAUUACGUAAAAUCGAUGCCAAUCUAACAUUUUAGAAGGGAUGCCCCUAUUGUUUGGUGAGUAGAAAUAUAUUUAAACUUAUACAUUUUUAUAAAACAGUUUUAAAGGACACUUUUUUAGAUUCUUUUGUAAUUUCAAAUGUAAAGAAAUAAUUAAAUAUUUCCUAUUGAUGGCUUUAUAAUAUAAACAUUUGGGUCGAGCCGUGGAUUGUAUGGAUCACAAUCUUAGUUGAACUUGACAUUUGAACAUUUUUUAACUUUAUGAAUACUCUAUUAAACUCGAAGGAUAUUAAAAGUUUUUAUAUGCAAUGAUGGCGUAAUUUAGCACUUAUGUCCAGUUUAGCUAAGAUUAAAAUCCUGUAAAGCUUAAAUAAUAAGCGUUAAGUAAUCAGAUAUUAUGUCCAUUCUAAGCUAAGACCUAUUAAAUAUCAUAAUAUCUUUAUGUUCUGAGAAAACAGACAUUUUUAAAAUGCAGUUUUCGCAAAGAAUCCUACAGUUAUGAUAGCAAGUCAUCCGCCUCACUUAAGUCACUUAUAGCUAGAAUAGUAAUGAAGCAAUAAUAAUGAAACGAAUAGAAGGAAAUCUAUGGAAUCUAUGUUUAUUAGUUGUCUUUCGUCUGUCGUGGUAGUGUAAUGUAAUAACAUAACGAUACAAAGUGAAAGUGGGUACUAGUGAAGGUUCUUUUGACAAGAGACAGAAUACAUUGAACUUCAUAAACCUCCGCUCUCCUAAACAUUGUGAAUAUUAAAUCGUCGCACAAAUAAUUGGAAAAACGUUUUCGUCUUACUGUACAUUGCCAAUUCACUUCCAAUAUAAACUAGUAUAAGUAUUGAUGCAUUUUGAUGUUUAACAUUUAUUGUUAUUGAAUAUUUCGAUGCCUAUUGUCAUUUUUCGAGGCUGACGCGUGUGGAAGGGAACGGUUUAUUCAAUUUUCGGCUCUAUCGUUCUAAAAAUAAGGUUGUUAUGAGCCAUUUAGAGUAAGGAGGGCUAAUAGAAAUAUUAGAAGUGUCGCGUAACUGAUAUUCUUAAAAAUAUAAUUGACAAUUUAUUACGGGUUUUGAUAAAUGUUCCAAACUUGGCUUCUGUAAGCCGUAACAAAAAAUUAGUUGUUAAGGAGCUAUGUACUAACAUUAGUAGUUAUAAUAAAUGCUUGCGAUACUAAAAUUAGAACAUGGUAUGCGCAUAGUCGGCCGCCUCUGCAUUUGCGGGUUGAGAAAAUUAGGUUAGACGUAGGAGACAAUUUGUUUAAAAUGUGGUUGAUUGGAUGUCGGCCCUUUGGGUAACGGGCCUACGAAGUAUGAACAGUGGGGUCUUUUUGAUAAAAUAAUUAGAUAGAAAAUCGAUGUAAGAAUCGAACGAGUAUUUCAAAUUACGUGUGUCGGUGGACACGAAUUCCUAUGACAUGCAAUAAAAUCGACUCCAUUUGUGUUGAAAUGAAAUAUUUUUGUAAUUCUCUCGCCGUCUCUGCCACACGCUUUCAUUAUUCGCCUCCCAUUUUUAAUCGUCAUUCAGGCUUCACUUUGCACCCUGAACAUUCGUCGCCAUCUUGAGUCAACGGAAACAUACGAAUGUUUACGGAAAUGGCCGAAGUGUAGUGCCAAGGUUAGGCAUGCAAGGGUAAUUGUGUAAGGCAAGUCAUCACGCUACAAUUUUUCUUUAAUUUUUAUUCGCACAAAGUAACGGGUUCACUCGUUCGUUCAAUUAUUUAUUUUAUGUUGCAACACUGAUAUUUGAAAUUGUAUUGCGACAUGACUGGCUGUCAGUUUAAAAAUAAUUUGGAAUUUUAUAUGAGGAUGCACGAAUGGUUUAUUAAAUCCGCAUAAAAUUGAAAUCUUCCGUCCGGAAAUUUUUAAACAUUCAGCCAUGUUGUUUUUGUGAAUGAAUGGUUGAACUGAACGAGUGAUCCGUUCAAUGCUUCGACGCUCCUAUUCGAUAUAAGCAAUCCAUUCGGAUAUUGACUUUACAACUAAUAUUAUGUUAUUAUGAAGUAAUCCUACGUUUGUUGUAGGGUAUUACUGUAUACUUUUAUAAAUACUUAAUUAUUUACAAGUUGUUUUUACGAAUGAAAUCAAACUAAAACAUGAUAUUGAUUAUGUUGAAAUAUAAAGAAGAGUUUGUAUAGUGGGCCGCGAUCAACUUACACUAUUCUGUCAAACUUUAUUAGAUUUUCAACUCUACCAUUAAGAUAUGAAAUUGAAAAUCCAGUGACGAAAAUUGACACGUUGAAGUAGGUCGGCCACUGUGCUAUGACGGUUUUGUCCUGUUACUUAUUUAAAUCAUGUUCUUCUUUCUAUCAAUUAUGUUUUCUAGAAGCUAGAAUAUAUUAAGUUGCACAUAAACUAGUGUUACCAUCCAUAAUGCAUUUUUUUUAUAUAAGUUGUUAAUAUUUUUUUAGUCUUACAAGUUGUAAAGUCAAUAUUAGAAUUUAUGUAAGUUGAGUAUCUCUCUUUUCGAGUUCUCUCAACGAUGCUCAACUCGGGAGCUCAAAUUGUACAGGUUUUUUUAGUAUUUCUUACUUUUAGGGCGAAAUCAUUGACCUAUGUUAUCUGUGAACCAUCGUAAAUGUAAAACGUGUCAUUUUGACGUACAUUGACGGUUUUUUUACUUUAUUACUCUGAUACAUUGUGAAUUUUUCAUACUAAGACGGCGAUGUACGUCAAAAUGUCAUUUCAAUUUGUAUACUAGUAUAAAAUAAUGUAUAAAAGACAUUGAUACGAUAUGAAUGCCAAUAUAUUCUUAUGAUAAAUAGUCUAGUGUCAAUAACACUUCAAUAUAUUGUGAUGAAUCAAUUAAUUUGUUUUUACGACGUUCACAGAUGACAGAUUUUUAUGAAUAAGCAUUUAAGCAAAAAUGUGUAUGUUGUCACCGAAUUUUUGUAAGAAUUUAUAUAUAAUAAUAUUAAUUAUUAUUAUAAAUUAGAAUCAUACCUGUAUCAUACUCAUUUGAUGCAUUUUCGACUAAGUGUAUUGAAGUGCAGUGGCACGAUGCGCAAAAAGUUUAAAGUAUACCUUUAAUACAAAUAAAAAGAUAAAAAUAGAGUACAAAAUCAUUGGUUUCUCUAUUACAAAGACGUUCUUGGCGGUUUUUUCUAGUAAAGUUGUAGUACUACGUUGCGUAUCGUGCUACUGCAACGCGUUGCGCGCUCGGUUGCAAUGCAACCGCGUAGCGUUGCUGUAUUUAGCUUGAUAGUGUUAUGGUUAGCUUUCCUUCAUACUGUUAGUCGUUAUUGCAGUAUUUUGAUGCAAAUAUUAUUAUUUAAUAAGCAUAUUCGUAAUAAAUUGACUCCGAUAUAGAAUGUUUGUUUUCUUUUUAAUCCAU